ACUGUGCUUCAUCUCUAAACCUACCAGUUCAAACUAUGGUGGAGUUAAGUAACUGUGUUGCACAAGACACUUCACCCUGUCAGUGUCUCUUUCAGUCUAGGGGUGUAAAGGUACUUUCUAGGAAACGCAGUGAAAUGCUGGGGGGAGGGGUAACCCUGUUAAUGACAAGCAUCCUAGCAAGUGGAGAUGCAUAAUACUGCCCAACACUUCAUGGCAAUUAGAUAAUUGUAUAAGCAUGGAAAAGAUGUCUGGCUAAAUUCUAAGAUUAUUUGCUGCAUGUAGAUUGAUAGUUUCUUUCUCCUCUUUUCUAGUUUUUUUUUUUUUAUAUCUAUGUUCUGGGCCCACUGCAAUUGGCUAUGCAGUUGCAGUCUCCUUGCCAAUUUUUUUUCCAUUGGUUGUCGUUUUUUAAUUUUUUUUUAAUUUUUUUUUUAUCGAAAGUGUUGUUGUUUGGCAAGGUUAACAAAUACUGGUAAUUAAAUAAGCUGACAUGACCUUACCAAAUUUUUUAAGUGGCUAUUCUAUAUGAAGUUUCCUCCUUUAAUAACUUGUUGUAAAGAAUGAACCUUUCUUGUCUGCUCAUACUCCAAAUGCAAGUUAUGAUGGCAUUCAAUUUGAGUUGCCAUUGUUCUGGACUCAAAAGCCUCCAUACAUGUAAUAAUGCUUUUGUGUUUCCACGUGAAGACAAGGCUAGUCAGUCCAGAACAAUUACAGUUCAAAUUGGAAGCCAUAUUUGCAUUUGGGGUAUGUUCAGAAAAAAAAAAUUGCACAAAUUACCCAAGCUUCGACUUAAGUCCACAGGAAAAUGCAAGAAAUUUUCUUAUUUAAAAAUUGUCAAAAUAAAAUUCAUAUUUAAUCUUUUCAGGUUUGUGCUGAGCUUUCUCUUCCAGGUGGUUCGAACAACAAGACAGACAUGUUUCCACCUCUGCCAUGGACUCCAGAAAUGAUUACCACAUACUGCCAGAAAAAAUGGGGUGUGGUACCUCAACCCAACUGGGCACCAAUACAGUUCUGGGGAAAAGAUAUAUCUUCAUCUUCUAAUAUAAUUUUUUCCAAUGGAGACCUAGAUCCAUGGAGACCUGGUGGGGUGUUAGAAGAUGUCUCACCAACACUGGUGGCAGUUCUGGUCAGAGGUGGAGCUCACCAUCUUGAUCUGAGAGCAUCCAACCCACUGGACCCUCCUGCAGUGACACAAGCACGAGAGCAAGAACUGAAACUGAUCCAAAGAUUCUUACAAGAGAGCAGACUGUUUUAAUGGACAGCUAUUACAGUUUUCCUGAUAGCACUUUUUCAAUUAAAUGCAUAAAUUCAAUAAUGAUCAAACCUGCCUUUUGUCAGCAGCUGAGUCACUUUCUGGGUGCGUAACUUCAGAUAAAGUUUUCAUGGAGCAUGGGAACAUGCUUAUUAGGAAUUAGAAUUUAAAAAUUGAAUUUGAAAUCAUUUAAUUUACUUCAUGCAAUAGAAAGAAAGACUGGACAUGAGACUUGAAUGACAUUCAUAAGCCUUGGGCGAGUUUAAUGCUGUUCAUGAUUGUUUUUGAAGAAAAAUAAACUGUUUGAUAAGAAUA